UCACUGAUGGACAUGAACUCCUUCAGCCCUGCAAUGCCAACAUCUCCUUUGUCUAUGAUAAACCAAGUCAAGUUUGAAGAUGAGCCAAACUUAAAGGAUCUCUUCAUCACCGUUGAUGAACCUGAAAGUCAUGUGACUACAAUAGAAACCUUCAUUACUUACAGGAUCAUCACGAAGACAUCUCGUGGGGAAUUUGACUCCAGUGAAUUUGAAGUUAGGAGACGUUAUCAAGAUUUCCUUUGGUUGAAGGGAAGACUAGAAGAAGCUCACCCAACUCUGAUUAUCCCACCAUUGCCAGAAAAGUUCAUAGUGAAAGGCAUGGUAGAGCGCUUUAGUGAUGGCUUCAUUGAGACACGCAGGAAGGCGUUACAUAAGUUUUUGAACAGAAUUGCUGAUCAUCCAACUUUAACAUUUAAUGAAGAUUUCAAAGUUUUUCUCACUGCACAAGCUUGGGAACUCUCUUCUCAUAAGAAGCAAGGGCCUGGACUGCUGAGCAGGAUGGGCCAGACAGUCAGAGCAGUGGCAUCCUCCAUGAGAGGAGUUAAAAAUCGCCCAGAGGAGUUCGUGGAGAUGAAUGACUUUAUCGAAAUAUUUAGCCAGAAAAUAAACUUGAUAGAUAAAAUAUCUCAGAGAAUUUACAAGGAAGAAAGGGAAUAUUUUGAUGAAAUGAAAGAAUAUGGCCCAAUUCACAUUCUGUGGUCGGCGUCCGAAGAGGAUCUGGCCGAUGCUCUGAAAGGUGUUGCCAGCUGCAUUGACAAGUGCUGUAAGGCCACGGAGAAGCGGAUGUCUGGACUCUCGGAGGCCCUGCUUCCUGUCGUGCACGAGUAUGUGCUGUACAGUGAGAUGCUGAUGGGAGUUAUGAAAAGAAGAGACCAAAUACAGGCAGAACUGGAUUCCAAAGUUGAAGCUUUGACCUAUAAAAAGGCAGAUACUGAUCUGCUUACGGAAGAGAUUGGGAAGCUGGAAGAUAAAGUGGAAUGUGCCAAUAAUGCACUGAAGGCCGACUGGGAAAGAUGGAUUCAGAGUAUGCAAAAUGAUCUCAAGUCAGCAUUCAUGGACAUGGCUGAGGAGAACAUCUACUAUUAUGAACAGGGCCUUGCCACGUGGGAGUCAUUCCUUACAACUCAGACUGACCUUCACUUGGAAGAAGCUUCUGAAGACAAAUCUUAAUCCCGUCGAGGACUUUCUUCUGCCCUUUGGGAGACAGCCUCUAUCAACCAAAGCUAUUAUUUCUGAAUCUGCCAUGUCCUUUGUAAAGUGGAUGAAAAAUGUUUUGUACAAUCUGGAAAACCAACAACUUGAAAACUCAGGAAUUGCAGGUCAUUGACAUGAAUUUUGAGUUCUAUGUGUCCAUCUGUAUAGAUAUGUAUCUAUAUAGAUACUGAGAUAUUUAGCUUAAUUUUAAUUAUGUUCUUAAAUUUGUGUGCCAACAAUUGCAAUCUAGAAUUUUUUUUUCUUAAACAUUUGUGUAACAUCAUAUUUUAAAUAUGUUGUGAAGACUCUGUUUUAAUAAAAAGUUUACUAUGAAAUUGCUGACUGUGGCCGUUCACCUACGAAAAGCAGACUCUAAAAUGAAUUCCGCAUAUGUUAGCAAGUAUACU